GUUGCUCCCCGCUACUAUAACGUGUGUUUGUUUCUCCAGAGAGGAAGAGCAAGGUGAUGACUGACGACCAGCCGGACGGAUACAGCAGCUGUUUCAUCACCAGUUUGUCAGCCAGCAAGGGACUGCUUUGGAUUGGGACCAAUCACGGCUUUGUUCUCACCCUACCUCUACCUCGCUUGAAGGAUGGUGUCCCACUGGCCAGUGGGCGGCCCAAAAUAUCACACCAUUCUCAUCGGGGACCAGUCAAGUUUCUGAUUCCAAUUUACUACUCUAGCAGUGUCGCUGAACUGAACCGUAGCAGCUCCUUGUGGUCAUCACUUCGGCCAAAGCGCCCCAGUCUCAAUGAUAAGUUAACCUUGAAUAAAAACAAAAGUGAAGAGAUUACCUCCCCUGUUAGUGACAGUGGAAUAGAUGGAGUUAUGUCCCCUGAUGGAAAGUCCCAUACUGAGGCUUGGCAGGCAGAAAUUGAUGAGCUCUCAGUGACUGGUGGAAAUAACACAGUAGUUGGUCAGACCGACACAGAAUCAAAUCCUGUCCUUCAACCAAUCGCUGAAGUGGAUUCAUCUAGUACUACUGAUCAGUCAAAGAGUGCCAAGACAGCUCAGAGUGCUAAGCGGAGGAAAAGUGAUAAAGACAGUGAAAGUUUCAAGAGGGAGAAACCAAGACUGAAAUCAAAAACACUCUCAUUCAGGAGUGAACUCGCAAACAAGAUUGCAAAACGAAACUUUGAAAGUUCUGACUCUGAGUUAGCGGAGGAAGAAGAAGAUGAGGUCCGCAUGUUGUACGAGAAUUUGAUGGAGACUGACGAUGACAUUGAUAAAGAGAGUGAGGAUGAUAGUUUCCAAGAUGCGACCUCCUCGUUUGAAGAGCUUCCUAGUGACUUAGGAUCACCAGAAAAUGCUUUGUCAGCACGGAAGGAUGGUCAGACUGUUAAAUGGGGGUCUGGGGUGAGGCUGAGAGCAACGAGUAGGUCUGUGCGCAGUCGGCACGGGACACUGCAUCGUGGGGGAUCUGCCCAGACACACAGGACGGCGACAAUGAGGAAGAGUCCAUGCAAUGCUGUGAUCGUUGUGGCAGGCGGGGAUGGAUACGUCGACUGGAACAAAAAGACCAAACAGAGGACAUCCGAGGAUGCAAGUCUGUUGUUAUGGAUUUACAAGUUAUAGCUCUACUUGUUCCAUUGUCAUGAAAUGGCACAUUGAAUGGAUCACGGAUAGCAGAUAAACAUUAUUUUUGAAAAUUUGCUGAUGUGCUGACAUUGUAAACUGAACAAUCGCGUCAAAUAUGUGUAAUGAAUUUCCAUUUAAAACUAUUCUAUCAUCAGACAUAAGUGAGAACAUAUCAGUCUCUGUUGUUGUUGAUUUCUGUCAUUGCUUUGUAAAAUGUUCUGGAUUUAGUGUGAAUUCUGUGAAUUCUCAAAGCAUUUUCAUAUGAAAUGUGAUGAAAUAUUUUGUCGCCACAACAUCCAGAACAGACUAAUGAAAACAAAUCAGUGAUUGUUGUUAUUUACUAUUUACAUUGUACAGAAAAGUCUUUCACAUUUAUACAUGUUACCAUGGUUACCAGUGCUGUUGUUAUGCUUUGUUACCAAGGUUACCAGUGCUGUUGUUAUGCUUGUAAAUCAUUCUAUACUGGCAAUGUGUGUGAUGAGAAAUGAUUACCUAUUCUGGUUAAGAGUUAUAUGUUAGAUUAUUCUUGUUAAUAUUAUUUGAAGAAUUUACUUUCAAAUGUAAUUUUGAAUACACUGUAUAUCUCUCAGUAGUGUUGAAAAGAUGUGAUAAAUGUUGGUGAUUACAUGUAAAAAUAGUUCAGUUUAUUCUCAUGAAUUUUAUUUAAGACAUCCAGUUUUCUAUUUUCCUUCUAUGUUUGGAUGACGUGUGUGAAGAAAGUACCACAGGUUCGGUGUUAUUAUUGACUCACCGAUUGACUGAGUUUGGUUUUACGCCGCGUUUAGCAAUAUUCCUGCUAUAUCAUGGUGUGGGACACCAGAAAUGGGCUUCACACAUUGUACCCAUGUUUAGAAUCAAACCUGGGUCUUCAGCAUGACAAGCUGAGGCUUUAACCGUUAGGCUACCCCACCGCCCGGGGUAGAUAACACUGGCCGUGAGUGCAAGGUUGUGUGUACACAUAUGGUAGCAACUGGUUUCAUGUCAGUAGUUUGACCAUAUCACAGCAACAGCGAUGUUUGCUUGCUGUUGUAUACCACAGCAAUGUUCCAGGUGUAUCGCAGCAGCUUUUGAAUAAUUGAGGAAUCGGUGACUGACAGGCUGCAGCAAUGCUGUGGAGUCAUCACGUCACAAACCCAGUCCCAACACCAAGCCUUAACACUCAGUCUAUCUUCGUCACCAGUUACGAAAAGUUGUAACCAAUGCCAACCUUUGUCCCUCAUGUGUUAAGGUGGGUACAAUGUGUGGAGCCCAUUUCUGGUUUCCCCUGCCGUGAUAUUGCUGGAAUGUUGCGGAAAGCAGCGUAAAACUAAACUCACUCACUCAUUCACUCAUGUGUUAAGGUUGGUUGGGUAGGGUAGUGGGUACAGUGUUAGAUACUCACACUAAAAACUGGUUUGAUUUCCAUUAGUUUCAACGUAAGGAGCUUGUCAUCCUCGGGCAAUAUUGCUAAAAGUGGCGGAAAAAAAACAUGUUCACUCUCGUACUAUUGCUUGCUUAAACAAUGAAGUGUAACUUAAUUGUGCAUCAAAUUCUUGAAUAGUUGCACAUAUUUCUUUCACAAUUUGCUUUGUGAAUUGAUCUGGAUAAUUUCAUGUAGUCCUGGUCAAAUGAUCAUGAUCCCGGUAAUGUUGUACUAAUUAUCCAAUAAUGGUGCUUGUUGUAUAGUCUUGUAUAGGACGUUUGUACAUAUCAUGUUUCUAAUUUAUUGUAGAUUAUGAUUUUAUGUGUUUAUACUAAAUAUAUAAAUAUUCUAUUAUAUUAUGAAUAUACAUAUACAUAAUUCUUUGUACCACAUAUUUGUUAUCACACUUUCAUUAGGGGGACCGUGUAGCGAGUGUACUCUGGGGAUCAAUGGCUACUUAAAUGUUGACUUUUUCAGCAAUUUUUGGUGACUUUCAGCAACUUUCAGUGACGUUCAGCAACUAUAAGUGAAUUUGUGACACUGCUCUUUCAGGCUGACCAACUUGAAACGACAGUCUGUUAUUAACAAAUAUGCAAUCAUAUCAUUCAUUUAUAUUUGCUUUUGUCAGUACAGAUUUGCUCUUUAAGAAAGAGUUUACCAGACAGCUGACUGAAUGUAUUAGAUGAAUCAGCUUGUAGUAAUGUUUACCUUGAUAUGCUGUUACCAUGGUUACAUGCAAAUUUAGCCGAAAAUUAGUUUGUUUCACAUUAGUAAAAACUUAAAGAAAUUAGAGAGCUUUCCAUUUUGACAUGUUAACUAUAAAAUGAUUCUAGUUUAUACUUAGAGCAACUGACCUGUGUGUUUACAGCAACUGUGGCAUUGCAGUGUGUUUAAGAUGUUAUGGAUAUCUAAAAAAUACUAAGUUUUAAAUGAAUUUUCAUUGUUUUGCAGAUUUUUUACAAAUGUAUGUGAACAUGAAAGAUGGUUGAUAGGGAUUUAGUAGAAAAAAAUAAUUAAAGUGUUGAAUAAAUUGUCCUUGAAUUUAAACCUUAUUUUAAAAAAGCUUGUUUGUAUUUGUUUAUUGUCUUAAUACCACUACUAACACUGUAAAAAUAUGUAAUUUCCAUUGACGACUUUAAACUGAUUAUAUUGUCUAGUGGAUGUGCUUAGAUGAAGGGGAGCCAUGGAUGGACCAAUCAUAUGUAGUGCCAUGAUUUGUUGUACAGAGUUGCACCCCUUGGGCCAGCAGGAGCCUGUGAUUGUGGGGUCCAAACCUGGUUUACCCAGAUUCUGUUAUUAGAUUUGUAGAUAUUCAUGUAGUAACUGAGACCUGCAUCAGUUGACUUUCCUCCAACGUUCAGCUGAGAAGUUGUGAUAUGUCUGGAAAACUGUUGAAACAGCGUCAAACCCAGCUCACUGAAACUUUCAGUAAGGUUUAUCGGUGCAACAAUCCCUCUGAUUGACUGGUAGUUAAAGCAGGUCGUGCUUUAUUUGCUUCAACCUGUUUGUUAUGUUUCCAUUUUCUGUCAGUUUUAUUCAGUUCCAUUUGUAGCAAAGUUAAAGCAUUGAGAACUGGUUCAGAAUCAUAGUCUGCAAAUGCUUCUAGUCAGUCAGGAAUGGCAACAUAUUGUUAAUUAUCCUCAGCACAAUGCUGUAAUCAUGAGCUAGCAAACAGAAGUGAAAAUUCGCAGGUGUGCUUUGUUAAGAAAUUAAAAUGCUGCAUAAAAUAAUUAAAACAGUAUCUGUAUAAGAUUUCAAAUGGUGAAUCUACACCCAGGUGUUUGGAAAGAAGAAAAUUUCAGUCAGUAGAGGAAAUGGGUGUUAUGUUCCUGUCCUAGCUUGUCAGAGGUUAUUAGUUGUAGAGAAGGUACAUUUAAUGAAUGUGUAAAAUAUCUUAUAUCCUUUCAGUCAGUGUAUUCUGAUUGACUUAGUUAUUUUCACGUUAGCAUAUGGCAAGAUUUGUAUGCAAUCGGUGAUGUUUUGUGUAUUCUGAUUUUGCUUACGAGCUUAGGUUUGUACAUCAGAUCAGUGCAAUAUCCUAGAUACAUUCCAGCAUGUUACUAUGACAACCAAAUGUUUAUUUUCAAAAAUGCAGACACUAAUAUUUUCAUUUGACACUUGGAUCUAUAUGGGAUCUGUUUAGGAUCUAUCUGGGUCUGUUUAGGAUCUAUCUGGGUCUAUGUAGGGUCUGUCCUAGAGGCCCAUGUUUCAACCUAGUUCUACAUCAGUACAAAUCCAAUGCUAGUGAUGUUUAGUGAAGUAACACAUUGCACAGAAAAUAGGACCAAUCAAAGGACCAAUAUAGAAAAACUUUAUUGAUAUAUUUUGUAUCAGUGUAAUUUUUCCUCAGAAUUUGCUAAAAAGGUUGGAUAGAAUAAAAAAAUAUUCUCCUUUUGGCUUGCUGAGUGCUGGAACCAACUGUUUAACUCUGAAAUAACACUUGUACACAUGAUAGGUAGGUAGUUAGUUCUCUCAACACCUUUGUUUCAAAAUGCAGUUUACUGAAUACACUCUACAUGAAAUGAUGAGUCUAAACUAGAUAGCUGUAUUUGACACUUAACGUCUUCAAAAGCAAUAGAUAAGUCAACAGCCUUGCAAUUUGCCGUAUAGAGUUAGGUCCCUUAGUGUGCCAGUAUCUGCUUAUUGUGUGUUUGAAUCUAAGAUUUGCUGAUUGUAAUCAUUGGUAUGCUUGCCAGUUUCACUAACCAGGUCUACACUUUCUCACACUUACUUUGACAUGCUGCUAUAUAAUGAUAAAUAAUAAAUUAUAAAAAAUAUAAUAAUAUUUCAGGAAGUGUUUAACCCAGCUCAUAAGUUUCCACAUGUUAUCAGUUCCAAGACUGUAUUUCAGUGAGAGAAAUGAGUAUUGCAAUAUGUGUUUUAUAACUGUAAUAGUAUGUCUUCAAGAACUGAACCCAACUCACUCACUCACUCACUCACUCACUCACUCAAUCACUCACUCACUCACCAGUUUCCACAUGUUAUCAGUUUCAAGACUAUGUCAGUGAGAGAAAUGAUUAUUGCAAUAUGUUGUUAUAUAACUAAUAAUAUCUCAUCAAGAACUGAACCCAACUCACUCACUCACUCACCAGUUUCCACGCUAUCAGUUUCAAGACUAUGUCAGUGAGAGAAAUGCGAUAUGUUGUUAUAUGACUAAUAAUAUCUCAUCAAGAACUGAACCCAACUCACUCACUCACCAGUUUCCACAUGUUAUCAGUUUCAAGACUAUGACAGUGAGAGAAAUGAUUAUUGCAAUAUGUGUUUUAUAACUGAAAUAAUAUAUCAUCAAGAACUGAACCCAACUCACUCACUCACUCACUCACCAGUUUCUGCAUUUGUCAUCCCUUUAGAGACUAUAUAUGAAUGAGAUUAAUCAUUGUCUGCAAUUUGCUGUUCUGCGACUGUAGUAAUGUAUUGAGAAGUGUUUAACUCAACUCGCUCUCUGUUUUGGAGUAUAUCAUCAAUAUUAAGACUAUUAUAAUCAUCAUUUUUAAGCCUAUAUAUCAUUGAGUUAACUACCCUACUGGAAUGUGAAUGAUUUGUUGUGGUAGAGCAUGCUGCCGUUUAUACUGACAUCCAGACGAUGGCUGUGUGUGUACAUUAUCAGUAACUGAGUGUAUUCAUGGAAACUUUCAGAGAUGGGUUCACUGAAAAGUUCUUCCGUUUUGUCCUAAAUCAGAAUUUUGUAUAGCUUGGAAUACAUUUGUUAUUUUUGUUAAAUUUAAACAAUUGUGGUAUACAAUGUACUCCUGUGGGGAUUCCAGGUGAGGACAAGCGCCCAGACACCAAUGUUGGUUGUAUGAAGUGGCCCAAUAGGCCUACACUGGAUGGAUGGUAGGGAGUUAAGUGACUUGUGUUAUUAUGUCCCAGUAGAACUGUUCCCUGUAUCAAUCACUGCAUUGUCUGGUUCAGACUCUGGGCUUUAAAGGCUGGUAUAAUAUCACUGAAGUACCGAUAAGAUUGGCUUAUGCAAUAGACUGUUGUUGGUUCGAAAUAUUCAUUGAACAGUAUUUUUCCCCCUUGUAUUUCCUGAACAAAUUAAUUUUUGCCUGAAAAUCCAAGCUCAUCUCCAAAGUAAAUGAAAGAAUUAUGCCUCAGAUGCUUGACCUCAAAUAGGUAUAAAUAUUUACUCUUGGCCCUGAAUAAAAAAUCAUGUUUUCAAAUUAUUUGUUUAACCCUCAGAAUGCUAUAAUCCCUGUUAAUCAUGUGACAAUAAUGAUUCAUUUGCUUGUUGUACAUAUGGUAUAUAUGGUACAUAUGGUGAUAUACCCGUAUCGCCCCUUGUAUAGUAACCAGGACCCCGUUUCACGUAGCUCUCUUAGCGCUACGACUAUCGUAAGUCAGUGUUACAGUGUAGGAGGUAUUAAUGCCACGAGGAACGUUACGAGAUCAUCACGAGAUCUUACAAGCUUUGUGAAAUGGGGCCCAGGCAGGAGAAACGUGUUUUACUUCCAUUUUUGAUCUGUGGAAACUGAAUUAAGUGCUGUGAUAUUGAAGCAGUUUCAGGAUCCUGUUGUAACAGAAGGAAAGGUGUUUCUAGAACAGUACUCAACCCUUCUGAUAAAUGCUGUUAAAUUGAGAUCCACCCACUAUAUAUGUGAAUGUUAAAAAAAAAAAAUAAUAAUAUAUAUGUGAAUGUUAUGUUCAUAUGCACAGUAUGUUUUUUCUAAUAUCUUUUGUUUUUCUCUCCAGUUUUUGUGUUUGUGAUGCAACUUGAAGUGUCACUCAGAGCUCCAUCUUUAUUAGAAUUAACAAAUAUGCUUUUCAAUGGCAGUAGGUGCCAAAAAAUGUUGAAAGUAAUAAUACCAGCAUUAUAUAGUAUAUAGUCUAAUAUUCUUUUCAAAUAAACAGAUUUUAAUUGAACAUUUGCAAAUUUGCGAUUGGCUUGAUACUUUAUACACUUUCAUUGGAAUAUGGAAGCAUGUCAUAUCAAGUUGUAACUGUGUUGAAGGUCCUUACUGCUUCCAGAAAAUAUAUAAUUUUAACUCUCUAAUUGUAUCACAACUACAUAAUCAUUCCAUUUCACGCAAUAUUUUCAUUUGCUUGGUGAAUUGUGUAGGAAGCCUCGGCUGUUAUUCUCAUGAUUCAGGACACAUAUUUUUUUGUAAAGAAUGUAAUGGAAUAAAUAUGUUGUUUACUGAA